CCUCACCAUACAGCCCGCCUCGCCACCUCCCAUCUGCUUGCGGUGUCUCGCUCUCUCGCACUCUCGUCAAUGGCGGCUUCUUCGAUCUUCAGAUCCUCCUUUCUCUCUCCUCCCUCCCAACUCCAAACCACCCCUCUAAACCCCAGACCCAACACCAACUUCUUCCCCAUCAAAUCCUCCACCUCCCCCGAACCUAACAUCUCCGCGGCCUCCGUCGACGCCUCCGCACCACUCCAAUCCUUGUCGAAACACCGCCGUCCAGCUGAUGAGAACAUCCGCGAUGAAGCCCGACGCCACAGCUCCAAUCACAACUUUUCCGCCAAGUACGUCCCCUUCAACGCCGAUCCAAACUGCACUGAGUCCUAUUCCCUCGAUGAGAUCGUAUAUCGAAGCCGCUCAGGUGGCCUCCUGGACGUCCAACAUGACAUGGACGCUCUGAAGAAGUUUGACGGCCAGUACUGGCGAUCCCUCUUCGAUUCUCGCGUCGGCAAGACCAAUUGGCCCUACGGCUCCGGCGUCUGGUCCAAAAAAGAGUGGGUCCUCCCUGAGAUCGAUGGCGACGAUAUCGUCAGCGCAUUUGAGGGAAAUUCGAAUCUUUUCUGGGCUGAGCGCUUCGGCAAACUGUUUCUGGGCAUGAAUGAAUUGUGGGUCAAACACUGUGGGAUUAGUCAUACUGGGAGUUUCAAAGAUCUGGGCAUGACUGUUUUGGUUAGUCAAGUGAACCGGUUACGAAAAAUGAACCGUCCAGUCGUCGGUGUUGGCUGUGCGUCCACCGGUGACACAUCGGCGGCCCUAUCCGCUUACUGUGCAUCUGCAGGGAUUCCAUCCGUUGUGUUUUUACCUGCGAAUAGGAUUUCAAUUGCACAGUUGGUUCAGCCGAUUGCAAAUGGGGCGUUUGUGUUGAGUCUGGACACGGAUUUUGACGGUUGUAUGCAGUUGAUCCGGGAAAUUACGUCCGAAUUGCCGAUUUAUUUGGCGAAUUCUUUGAAUAGCUUGAGGUUGGAGGGCCAAAAGACAGCGGCAAUUGAGAUUUUGCAGCAAUUUGAUUGGGAAGUGCCGGAUUGGGUGAUUGUUCCCGGUGGAAAUUUGGGGAAUAUAUAUGCAUUUUACAAAGGGUUUCUCAUGUGCAAAGAAUUAGGGCUGGUUGAUCGGAUUCCUAGGCUUGUUUGUGCUCAAGCAGCAAAUGCUAAUCCUCUUUAUUUACAUUACAAGUCAGGGUGGAAAGAGUUUAAACCCAUGAAGGCUAAUACCACUUUUGCAUCAGCCAUACAGAUUGGUGAUCCCGUUUCUAUAGAUAGAGCUGUGUUUGCUCUGAAGAACUCUAAUGGGAUUGUUGAGGAAGCAACCGAGGAGGAACUGAUGGAUGCCAUGGCUCAGGCAGAUUCAACUGGGAUGUUUAUAUGUCCUCAUACCGGGGUUGCAUUGACUGCAUUGAUCAAGCUCAGGAAAAGUGAGGUUAUUAGGCCUACCGAUAGGACAGUUGUGGUGAGCACGGCUCAUGGGUUGAAGUUUACGCAGUCAAAGAUUGAUUACCAUUCAAAGGAUAUCAAGGACCUGGCUUGCCGGUAUGCUAAUCCGCCAGUGCAAGUGAAGGCGGAUUUUGGGUCGGUUAUGGAUGUCCUGAAGAAGUAUCUGUUGAGCAAAGACUCAAAGUACUAGUUCUCCUAUGAGCGUUGCCAGUUUUUGCUCUUUGUGCUCCUAUCAUAUUAUUUGGUCUGAGAUCCAAAUUUUAUUUUUAGCUCUUGUUUUGGUCUAGAGCAUUGGAUGACUCUUUUGAUUGGAGUGCUUAGUGCCUGGUAGACUAGAGGGGACAAUAUCUAAUGCUCAUUUACUUUUUUGAGAAGCUUAUCAUCAGUUCAAUUUGAUGACAGUUUUUGUUGCAGAAGUUUCAGUUUUGAAUGUUUAAUGGAAAUUAUGUCUUUGAUUUUUUGUACUGCAG